AUGGCACCAUGUCAGUACCAAUUACAUACUUCCACCACUUUCGGGAAGAAAAGACGGGAUCGGUUCGAUCUCAGUAGGGGGUACCUCGUUCACCAACAGCGUCCCACAGCGCAACAACGGCCACUAACCUCCUAUCCCCUACAUCUCCAGCAGAAAAUGAACCACCUUAAUAUGUCUUCUAAAAUAAGACCUCAAUAUCGGAAUCCCUACAACAGACAAUUGGGUUACCAGAUAAGCAUUGGUAUCUUGGUACCAAUAUAUCCAACUAUAGCUGAUCAUCUUGAAAUUGCUCAACAUGUUCAUGAAUGA